AUGGCCGCCUUUGCGGGCGAGUCGUCCAUCAGGGGCUCGAGUGAGACCAUGCGCAUGGUGCUGCUCACAUUCUGCACCAUCGGCAUCACAUUUACAUGGGGCGUUGAGAUGACGUACUGCACCCCAUAUCUGCUGAGCUUGGGCCUCAGCAAGAGCAACACGUCCAUGGUGUGGAUUGCCGGGCCCCUGUCGGGCCUCAUUGUCCAGCCCGUGAUUGGCGUCCUUUCGGACGAGAACACGUCGAAAUGGGGCCGCCGAAGACCCAUGAUGGUGCUUGGGGCGGCGAUUGUGGCUGUUGCCAUGCUUGUUUUGGGUUUCACAAAGGAAAUUGUGACCUUUUUCAUAGCAGAUGCGGAAGCCGCCAGGAUUCCCACAAUCUUUCUGGCCGUGCUGGCCAUCUACGUCGUAGAUUUCGCCAUCAACGCUGUAAUGUCGUGCUCGCGCAGUCUCAUUGUCGAUACACUUCCUAUCGAGAAGCAACAGUCUGGCGCCGCCUGGGCCAGUCGCAUGUCUGCCAUUGGCAACGUCGUUGGCUACGCCGGUGGCGCCGUUGACCUCGUUCGAAUCCUAGGCACCACGUUUGGCGAUACGCAGUUCAAGCUGCUCACCAUCAUUGCCGUGCUGGCCAUUCUCGGCACCACGGCCGUGACCUGCUGGGCCGUGAGCGAAAAGGUGCUCCUCCCAGACGUCCUCAAGGGCAAGCCGCAGCAGCGAAACCGAUUCCAGGUCGUCACGCAGAUCUACGGCACGAUCCGGCACCUGCCGCCGCGCAUCCGCGCCAUCUGCUGGGCGCAGUUCUGGUCCUGGAUUGGCUGGUUCCCGUUCCUCUUCUACAGCACCACCUGGGUCGGCGAGACGUACUUUCGCUACGACGCCCCCGAGUCGGCCAAGACGGGCGACACGCUCGGCGACAUUGGCCGCAUCGGCAGCCAAGCGUUUGUGCUGUCGUCCAUGAUUACGCUGACGGGGUCGCUGGUGCUCCCGCUCCUCGUGCGGUCCCCGGACGAGGCGCCGUACACGCAGCGCCCGCACCCGACUCUCGCGCCGGUGCUCAAGUUUUGCGAGGGGAGACGGCCCGAUCUGUUGACGACCUGGAUCUGCGGGCAUGUUCUCUUUGCGAUAGCCAUGUUGUUCGCCCCCUUUGCUACAAGUUAUCGCUUCGCCACAGUGUUGGUGUGUCUUUGCGCAGUUCCAUGGGCAAUCGCAGGAUGGGCGCCAAGCGCCUUUCUCGGUAUCGAGGUCAAUAAACUCGCAAGCGAAGGCGCCUCUGCCUAUCGCCCAGUGCCGAACCAGGAUAUUGAAAUGACGGUCCUGGGCGAGGGCUCACAGGGCGAGGAAUCUUCCGCGGAGCUCUCUGGUAUUUACUUUGGCAUCCUCAACGUAUACAGCACGCUGCCGCAGUUUGUAGGCACCUUCAUCUCCAUGAUUGUCUUUGCCCUGCUAGAGCCAGGCAAGAGCCGAGAGUUGGGUGCUGAUGACAAGGUGACACCUCCUGCGGCGCCCACAGGGCCAAAUGCGAUUUCUGUCUGCCUUUUCAUCGGUGCGCUGAGCACAAUUGUUUCUGCGUUUGUUACGAGAAGAUUAAGGAGCUUGGAGUAG